AUCAUCAUGAAGAAGUACUGUUUGACAGAACGGCGAUUGUUGUGGAACGUCAAUAGAACAACGAUCUCGAAACGCUUGUUUAAAAAACAAACAAACCGUUUGUGUUCUACAGGGCUGGAAGGGUCGAAGGAACAUACUGUAGUGAACGCUGUCAAGUUUCCGGCGUGAAUCAAUUCCUGUGACUUGCCAUAUGUGAGACAACCUGUAUUGGUAGCUCAAACGUCACGACCAGCGCGGUACCAUCUAGCGACCUAUCCUUGAACGGCAUAACUGGUCACCACAAACUUCUCGCGAUGUAGCCACGCAAAGGUUGUUUUCAGAAAUGUGGAAAUUGAAGAUCAUUUUGUUGGUGCUUCUCAGCGUCCAAUUGGCGUCUUUGGUUGAGGUGACUCUUCGUGGACAGGAAAAGCACGAAGAGAUUCAGUCAGUGCACACUAACCAUGCCAACAACACCGCCCAAGAUUCCGGUUCCCGAAGGAAAAGAGGUUCCGUAGUGCCCCUUAGUCGACCGACGGUCAACUGCAGCACUUUAGAUCUGGCGAGCAGUGGAUCACUCCAGUCUAACAGGAAACAAUUGGCUUUGGGGAACGCUACGAAAACAACAGGGAUUGUCGUUGGACAACCACAUGCAGUUGCAAACCGAGCAAGAAUAAAAAGAUCAACAAAGGAAGGGCAAGAGAGCGGACGGGGAAAACGAAAUAAAAGGAGGGCCAGAGAUGGCAGCAAGCGAGGGGGUAGAGAUCGCAGAAAGCGACACAGGAGGCCAAGAAAAAAAAAGAAGAUUUCAACCCAAAAGCCAAAAGCUGCUGCAAAAGCUCGGCCCCGUGUGUCAUUACACAAGAAGCCGUCUGCGAGACAGGCGAGCGAGAGCCGACCAGCAAAAACGUCAGCGAAAAAGGCGAAGAAGAGCCGACCAGCAAAAAAGUCAGCGAGAAAGGCGAAGAAGAGCCGACCAGCAAAAAAGUCAGCGAGAAAGACGAAGAAGCGCCGACCAGCAAAAAAGUCAGCGAGAAAGACGAAGAAGCGCCGACCAGCAAAAAAGUCAGCGAAAAAGGCGAAGAAGAGCCGACCAGCAAAAGAGUCGGCAAGAAAGGCGAGCAAGAGCCGACCAGCAAAAAAGUCAGCGAAAAAGGCGAAGAAGAGCCGACCAGCAAAAAAGUCAGCGAGAAAGUCGAAGAAGAGCCGACCAGCAAAAAAGUCAGCGAGAAAGUCGAAGAAGAGCCGACCAGCAAAAAAGUCAGCGAGAAAGACGAAGAAGAGCCGACCAGCAAAAAAGUCAGCGAGAAAGGCGAAGAAGAGCCGACCAGAAAAAAAGCCAGCGAGAAAGGCGAAGAAGAGCCGACCAGCAAAAAAGUCAGCGAGAAAGGCGAAGAAGAGCCGACCAACAAAAGAGUCAGCGAACCAAAAGAUAACGGACGAGACCAGGGUGGAUGAGGAAAAAGGAAAAGGCGAUGCUUUGUCUUCCCAAGCCACGGACGAAGUCAUGAAACAGUUGUUUGGAUCAUUGAAGACUGAAAUGUUUGACAGGAAAGAUACUGUAAAUAAGGGAAGAGAGGAAAAAGCAGACAUUAACAACUUGAAAGGGAGCAAGAGCCGACCAGCAAAAAAGUCAGCGAAAAAGGCGAAGAAGAGCCGACCAGCAAAAAAGUCAGCGAGAAAGGCGAAGAAGAGCCGACCAGCAAAAAAGUCAGCGAAAAAGGCAAAGAAGAGCCGACCAGCAAAAAAGUCAGCGAGAAAGGCGAAGAAGACCCGACCAGCAAAAAAGUCAGCGAAAAAGGCGAAGAAGAGCCGACCAGCAAAAAAGUCAGUGAGAAAGGCGAAGAAGAGCCGACCAGCAAAAAGGUCAGUGAGAAAGCGGAAGAAGAGCCGACCAGCAAAAACGUCAGCGAGAAAGGCGAAGAAGAGCCGACCAGCAAAAACGUCAGCGAGAAAGGCGAAGAAGAGCCGACCAGCAAAAACGUCAGCGAGAAAGACGAGCAAGAGCCGACCAGCAAAAGAGUCAGCGAGAAAGGCGAAGAAGAGCCGACCAGCAAAAAAGUCAGAGAGAAAGGCGAAGAAGAGCCGACCAGCAAAAAAGUCAGCGAGAAAGACGAAGAAGAGCCGACCAGCAAAAAAGUCAGCGAAAAAGGCGAAGAAGAGCCGACCAGCAAAAAAGUCAGCGAGAAAGACGAAGAAGAGCCGACCAGCAAAAAAGUCAGCGAAAAAGGCGAAGAAGAGCCGACCAGCAAAAAAGUCAGCGAGAAAGACGAAGAAGAGCCGACCAGAAAAAAAGUCAGCGAGAAAGUCGAAGAAGAGCCGACCAGCAAAAAAGUCAGCGAGAAAGACGAAGAAGAGCCGACCAGACAAAAAGUCAGCGAGAAAGGCGAAGAAGAGCCGACCAGCAAAAAAGUCAGCGAGAAAGGCGAAGAAGAGCCGACCAACAAAAGAGUCAGCGAACCAAAAGAUAACGGACGAGACCAGGGUGGAUGAGGAAAAAGGAAAAGGCGAUGCUUUGUCUUCCCAAGCCACGGACGAAGUCAUGAAACAGUUGUUUGGAUCAUUGAAGACUGAAAUGUUUGACAGGAAAGAUACUGUAAAUAAGGGAAGAGAGGAAAAAGCAGACAUUAACAACUUGAAAGGGAGCAAGAGCCGACCAGCAAAAAAGUCAGCGAAAAAGGCGAAGAAGAGCCGACCAGCAAAAACGUCAGCGAGAAAGGCGAAGAAGAGCCGACCAGCAAAAAAGUCAGCGAAAAAGGCAAAGAAGAGCCGACCAGCAAAAAAGUCAGCGAGAAAGGCGAAGAAGAGCCGACCAGCAAGAAAGUCAGCGAAAAAGGCGAAGAAGAGCCGACCAGCAAAAAAGUCGGUGAGAAAGGCGAAGAAGAGCCGACCAGCAAAAACGUCAGCGAGAAAGGCGAAGAAGAGCCGACCAGCAAAAAAGUCCGUGAGAAAGGCGAAAAAGAGCCGACCAGCAAAAAAGUCAGCGAGAAAGGCGAAGAAGAGCCGACCAGCAAAAACGUCACGCAAGAAGCAGAAUAGAAAGAAAGCUACUGAAGCACAGUCAGCAAAGGGAAGCCACGCUACGGGGAGACCAAAAGUGAUACAAAAGAAAACAGAAAGUCACAAGAAGAGACCAAAGAAACCCCAAGGCACAAGCAGACCAAGAGUGAUGGAAGAGAAAAACAAGAUCGUAGACAACCAAAAGAUAACGGGCGAGACCAGGGUGGAUGAGGAAAAAGGAAAAGGCGAUGCUUUGUCUUCCCAAGCCACGGACGAAGUCGAGAAACAGUUGUUUGGAUCAUUGAAGACUGAAAUGUUGGACAGGAAAGACACUGUAAAUAAGGGAAGAGAAGAAAAGGCAGACAUUAACAACUUGAAAGGGAUUUUUGGAAAGGCAAUUGAAGAUAUUGCACAUGGACGAGAGCGGGUGGAAAGUGGUCUACUUGCAUUUAGAGUUGCCCAAAACGCUCUAGCACUUGAAGAAACAAACCCCGAAGUGAAGAGGGGGGAGUCACUACUACAGCAGGGCUUGCAAAUCGCGAUGGAGGGAGAGCUACAACUCAAGCACUGGCUCACUUUCCUCGAUGUGAGGAAACAGUCACAGACCACCGGUGGCGGUGGAGAGGAGCUUACUGAUAGUGAUAUGGAAUUGUUGCUCGGGAGCGCAAAGACCAGCAUGAAUAAAGUAAACGAGGAUGAUUCAAAACAUGGUCUGGGAGAAAAGGAGCGAAACAAGGGAAACGGAAAAGACGGUACGACUGUCAAGAAUAAUAAUAUCCAGACAGCGGGGAAAGAUGGAGACGCAACCGCUCCAAGACACGGAAAGGAGGGGACCGGCGCGCUCGGGAAACUGAGGCAAGGUUUGAACAAGAUCAAAGAAGGUCUGAAACUCCAAGAAGAUGGGCAGAAUGCUGGCACUAAAUCUAAUGGGAAACAAGACAGGGCAAAUGUACAACGAGGACUGGGAGAGGUGAAGGAGGGAGUGGGAGACGUAGAGGAAGGACUGAAUGUAGUGAUGGAGGGAAAGAAAGAAGUAGAGAAGGGAGUCAGAAACAUUGGAUUCAGCACCGAAGGUAUGGACAGCGAAGAUGAAGAUGAUCUGAGAAAAUUACUGGAAGGAUGGGGUCUGCAUGGAGUACGACAAUUCCCACUUUCCCCUGGCGGAGGUAACCCCUUGGUUGACCCUACACCGACUGAACACGAAAUGUUUCCGCGACGCAUGAAAAGUGUCAAUGUCGUGUCAACAUCGCCAAAACCUGUCCAAAGGACCCUGUUUUACCCAAGCUAUCUUCAGGUGCCUCAGGCGGGCACAAUUCCAACACCAUCCGCAAGGAGCGCUCCACAGCAGGGAGACAAGCCAUCGCCUACUACAAAACCGUCUGGUGGAAAAUCUGUAGACAAGAAACUCAGCAAUGCCAGUGAUGAACUUCUGAAGGAGAUAAAAGAACUUGAACACGAAGUCGUGGAAGUGGCACGGAAAAGGACCGGCAACGGUCAACUAAAGGGAGACAACCGCCAUGUUAGAAAUGUCGAGUGAGAGUGAACAAGGCACCACAUUCAAGACAGGCGGAACGUCAAGGUCAACGGCUGGAAGAUUUGUCAUUGUACAGAUAGCGAUUUGAGUGGCUGCUUUCUUGUAUUUAAUAAAAGGCGAUCUGAGAUCUUC